AUGGGACCGUGGAGGUCAACAGGAGAAAUCCAAGCUGCCUCUGUUCCAAAUAGCGAAAGACAGAUAACAAGGCGAAGCAUGUUGGCCCUCAACAUAUAUAAUAUACGGGGGCAGCUCUUCCAAAGCGGGGGUGCAAGCUGCGGCAAUACAUUUAGGCUUCUCGCCCAACAAUGGCUGGGUCAUUCAGAAUUAUCAUUAGUGACUGGCAGACCAGAUCCGGGAUCUCGUAAAACUGGGCCCGACGAAGUCGACCACAUGCAUUAUCACAGACCAAGCAACCUCAUAGAUCCAUUGAUUGUCAGCCCAAUAGCAGCAGAGCUAGAAAGGGACGCAAAGAUAUACGAACCAUUGCCAUUUGCGCCGAAUUUCGAUGAAGCGGAAACUCAAAUGGAAGCCCGAGGGAAAGUUGACCAAAGGACCUUGGUUCGAGAUUUUGUUAUCCGAGGAGGUUGA